CAAUUAUUUGUUUCUCUCUUUCCAGCUAAGAAAGAGCAGACUGAUGGUGAAGAGAAGGCCGCUCAGAAGAAGAAAGUAAAGGAGUUGAAAGUUCUUGAUGCCAAGUCCUCUCAGAACCUCUCUAUCUUCCUGGGGUCGAACAGGCUGCCUUAUGAGGAAAUGAAAAAUGUCAUUCUGGAGGUUAAUGAGACCAUGCUUUCAGAAAACAUGGUGCAGAGUUUGCUGAAGUUGCUGCCUGAGCAGGAGCAGUUGAGCGUGUUGUCAGAGAUGAAGGAUGAGUAUGAUGAUCUUGCAGAGUCUGAACAGUUUGGAGUUGUGAUCAGUUCGGUGAAGAAGCUGAAGCAGAGAUUGAGUGCCAUCCUUUUCCGGCUGCAGUUUGAGGAGCAGGUCAACAAUAUAAAGCCAGAUGUUGUAGCGAUAACGGCGGCCUGUGAGGAGUUGGUCCAGAGCCAGAACUUCUCCAAGCUGCUGGAGAUCAUUCUGCUCGUCGGCAACUACAUGAACGCUGGCUCACGCAACGCCAAGGCCUUCGGCUUCAGCAUCAGCUACUUGUGCAAGCUCAGGGACACUAAGUCAGCAGAUCAGAAGCAGACUCUACUGCACUUCCUGGCAGACACAUGUCAGGAGAAUUAUCCUGACGUCAUGCAUUUCCCUGACGAGCUCAUCCACCUGGAGAAAGCCAGCAGAGUCUCAGCUGAGACCCUACAGAAAAAUCUGGAUCAAAUGGGGAAGCAGAUAAAGAGUCUUGAGAAGGACAUCGAAACGUUCCCACCCCCUCAGAAUGAAAAGGACAAGUUUGUUGAGAAGAUGACCAGCUUUGUGGCGACUGCCCGAGAGCAGUUUGAGAAGCUGGAGAUGAUGCACAGCAACAUGCAGAAGGAGUACGAGAACCUGGGGACUUACUUCGUGUUUGACCCGAAGAAGAUGUCCCCAGAGGAGUUAUUUGGUGACCUGAACAAUUUCAAAAAUAUGUUCCAGCAAGCAGUGAUUGAGAAUCAGAAACGCAGAGAGACGGAGGAAAAAAUGCGCAAGGCCAAACUGGCGCGAGAGAAGGCAGAGAAAGAGAAGGAGGAGAGACAGAAGAAAAUGAGUGCUGGGCAGAUACUCGACAUCAAUGACGAUGGAGAUGAGACUGGUAUCAUGGACGGUCUGUUGGAAGCUUUGCAGUCUGGAGCGGCUUUCAGGAGGAAGAGAGGACCACGGCAAGCAGCCAAUCGAAGAGGAGCUGGCCAAGCAGUGACGAACAUUCUAGCCAAAGAGUUGCUGCAGGAAAGCCCCUCUUCUAGUUCUGCGACCAAAAAGACGCGAUUGGAAAAAGAGGCCAGAAAGCCGGAGCCAGUGGAAGACACAGGUUCACUGGAAGAUCUGUUAGAAGACAUUCCAUCACGGUCCAAUUAGGAGAUUUCUUUAUAUGACCCUGUCUUGUCCUGCAAAGGGAGCCAGGGGUUUGGACACAUAGUGCUUGGGGGCCAAAUGUGAGCCAUUACCCUCAGGUAAAGCCUUCAUGGCCAAUAUCACUGUGGACGAGGGGCUCUGUAGAUUCUGCCCCUCACUGGAAGCUUGUAAAGAGUGCAGCCACCAUUCAUGUGCUCCUCAUCCACUGCCCUGAUGAUGUCUUUAAAAAUGUCAUGUUCUUCUCUCUCACUCUCAUCGUGUCUCGUUAUUUUUUUUUAUGGUUAUACAAACAACCCAAAGAUAGCUUUUUGUUUCGCAGUUUAGUAAAAAUUCAUCAUUUUGUGUCACAGGAUGGAUCUUAUUACAUUAUUAGCAUAUCACAUUCCUGCACUUGGAGUUUUCAAAGAUUUCAAACUUUUCUCAUUUUCUCAUUGUCGAUGAUUUCUCUUGUUCUUGUCCACACAUAAAUAAAGGCUAUGCCUUUAUUGUCUUUUGUUUUUUCUUUUCUUUUUUUCUAGAACCAAUUGUACUUACUAUGCAGAACAUACUGUAUGCAAAGCGUUUUAAAGGGGGGUGUAGAGUAUGGAUUGAGUGAAUUCGCAUUAGCACACGCAAAAUGACAAGUGCCAAUUAUAUUUGUAAUGUAUAUGUACACACUGUAUCAACACACUGUCCAGUAGCAGUGUGCCUUAGGUGGAAGGGUCAACCAAUCACAUGCAUUUUUUUUUUUUUUUGAGGGUUUUGUUUUAGUUCAGUUCAGUUCAAGCCAGUUACCUCUUCACUUGGGUGGGUGUGUGCUUGUGUGUGUGUAUAUGUGUGUGUUACUGGGUUAAUGAAGGUCUGGUACCUCAUCAUAACAUUUUUUCUGCUAUUUCUGCGUUGAUUUAUUUUGGUCCAAUCGAGGCUCUUGUUGAAGAUCUCAUGACUAAAUUUAGACUAGUCUGUCAUUAUAUCACCACAGUGAUGGAGUCUGUGCUGUGCAUGUGUGUGUGUAUGUGUGUGUGUGUGUGUGUAUGUGUGCAUGAGUGUGUGUAUGCCCUCUGUAAUUACUGUACUGCCUGUUACUGUUAUAAAUUUUGCAUCUCAUAAACAGUGCUGUUUUCUGCGUGGGUGUGGGUAUGUAUGAGUGUUUCGUUGUUUCCGUCCACGUGUGUAUGUCUAUGAAUGCGCAUGUGUGUGUGUGUGUGUGUGUUUAAAAGAGCUGUCCAAAUACUGUACCCUUUCAGAUUAGUUUAAUACACCCUCGAGUGUUGCCACCUUGGUAACUGCUGCAACAGACAUAUCUCAAACAUAUACUUCUCACUUGAGCAGUACAAUAAAUCAUAUAAUAUAUUCUUUUUAUCAUUAUUGCGGUAUGAGUUUUGAUAAACAUAGAACUAGGCUGGAGGCAGAGCGAGGUAGAGGUUCACAGUGAGAGCACAUACAAGGCUACUACUUCGCCUGGGAAACCAAGUGCUGAGAAACCUUUAAGGAGCUUAAACUGCUUUAAACUCAUCUAGUUUCAAAACAAAAUCAGGACACAGACAGCGUUGUUAAAUUAUAGCACAUCAUAUUUUUGUACAUUGUAUGUACCUCUUCCCUUUCCCCCACACAUUUGCUGUCUGUUGGUCUUUCUGUCAAGUCCGAUUAGAGUUAUUUGCAGGUUAAGCAGGAAAGCUAUAGCCAUGCCCAAGCCUACAUGUGUCAACUGCCAACCAAACCAACUGUUAACAUCACCAUUGCAGCAUCUAGGGAACCUUUCAGAUUGCGGUGUCUCCAUUCACUGUUGUGUCUAUGGCCAAAACAGGAAAUCAGGAAAGAGGUACUCUGUACUCAGAUCAGGUACAUAUCCCUCAUUAUUCCUGUUAUUAACAUUAUUCUGGAAUGUUGCUUUCACCCUACUACUGUUCACAUACAUGUUACAUACAGAGAAAUAUGCAGACUCAUGUUAGCCAGCAUAUAAUAUAUAUAUAUAUAUAUAUACAUUUUACAUGAUAUUAAAGGUGCAUCGCAGCCAUAAAAACUAAAAUAUUGAACCAACACUUGAUUUUUAUUUGGAUUUAACACAUUAACACUGGAUGUGAAAGUCACUUGUGUUGUAGGGAUGACGAGCAGGAUAAGGAGGACUACUAGGCCUAUAGAAGCCUGUCUACUAUUGAUCAGAUUAACAUCCUGAGAAGAAAGCUUCCAUAAACUGGUGGGUUAGUUCUGUGUGGAUGCGUCUGUAAAGUCUCAGUGUGUGUGGAUGUUUGUCUUUCUGUUUUUCAGUGUGUACGGAUAGUGUGGUAAUGAUUAGGCCUUUACACACUGGCCAGGCACUGUAGCUUACACGGAGAGAACUUUGCAAUUCUGCUGCAGAGCGUUUAGCCCAUAACUGCUCAUGUUUUAGGCUUGUAUGAUUCAUCCUGACUCUCACUAGCUUUGUUCUUUUAUAUUUCUAAUCAUAGAAUUCCUCUUAAACUUAAUUGAACAAACUUUCAAAAAAAAAAAAAAAAAAAACAUUUAUGCCUUUCAUUUCUGUCAUUACCAAUCAUAUGCAGCCUCUUCUCAUUAUAUCAGGAUGUUCUUUGAUGUCCUAGCUGGUGAGAUUCAGGCUGAUUUAUUACAGGUCUAACAUGAUGUUUUCAGGAUGUUUUGUUUUUUUGACCGGUCGUAUUCUGGCUGGUUCAGACUGUUGAUAUCUACUGGAGUUUGCUUGUAUGUGUAGAUCUUCUGGACCUUCUGAACAUUCCUUUAACAGUUGUUACUUGCUCGAGUGCAAGAUGUACAUGCUUGGGGAGAUUAGAUCACUGGAGAACAGAAUGCCCAUGGCUUGCUCUUUCUGUUGUUUCAUUUUUGUUCUCUUCAUUUUUAAGGAGUUUCUAUACAAAUUUUUAUUGCUGAUUGUUUUAUUGUAAGAGUAUUGUAAUGAGAAAUGCAAUUGAUAAAGUGUGUAUAUUAAAUUGUCUUUAGAUAAAUUAAUGCUUCCAAUUCUGUUAAAUCCCCUGCCAUUAAAAUGUCUUCAGUAGAA